UAUAGAAUUUAUAUAUUUAUUCAUAGUGUACAUUGGAUAUAUCCAUAGAUAUUCUAUUGAUAAAAGAAAACCGAUAACAAGAAUUAAUCAAUUAUUGAAAAUAUUCAUUUGUUAUUACAGCAGACAUUAAUUUUGUGAUUGUGUUCUGAUUUUCAAGAAUUAUUUAAUUAGUAAUAAUAAAAGAUAAUGGUUUCGACAUCAGAAAAUGGUGAAACUGUGGUGAACGGUGUAUCAAGUACUGAGAGUUCAGUUCCUCCAGGUAGAUACCGGUUAGUGGCAUGGGAUGUUGAUACAUCUGGUCGACGAUUGAUUGAUGAAAUAUGUCAAAUAGCAGCAUAUACACCAAGUUCAGAAUUUGCACAGUAUGUAAUGCCGUUUGUGGAUUUAAAUCCACAAGCACGACGUCGACAUAAUAUUCGCGUUGUAACCGUUGGUAAAUUUCGUAUGCUUAAAGAUUCUAAAACUAAUAAAGUAUUAAAAACCAAAUCAGAAAUGUAUGCUUUAACGGAUUUUAUAACUUGGUUAGAAGAAAUUCGAGGCGAUGCAACAGACGGUAUUAUUCUUAUUUUUCACGAACCACGAAAAGCAGCACCGCCAAUGUUAUUAGUUGCAUUACGUCGAUUUAAUUUGUUAGAACGCUUUAUGGAUGUUGUAAAGGGCUUUGCAAAUAGUUUUGAAGUAGCCGAAAAUAAAUGUGCCAAAACAGUAAAAUCAUUUUCAUUGAAAAUGUUAGCUCGCGUACUUUUAGAUCAAGAAGCGGAAUUAGAUAAUGCUGCUGAGAGAGCAAGACUGACAUAUAAAAUCGUUCAACAUUUGUCACAAGCUGAACGACAAGAUUUAGUUACAGAAGGCAGCGGUGACUGUACUGGAGCUACCAACAACAUGAUUGAAUUAAUACGGGAAUAUACACGUCCUGUAACCAACGAAAUCAAUGACUUAGCAACAUUAAAAAAAUUAUUAGAAUGCCAAAACACUUUGCGUCCAGUAUUUGGUGCAUUUUUAAAAUCAUCACGUGUGGAACGUCAAUUUGCUAGUCGAUUGCGACGUUUAUUAGCUGAAAAGAAUAUCGAUUACGAAAAAUUGGAAUCAACAUGGAAAUCGAAUGGUCGUGAUGGUUUAUCUGAAAUUUUAAAGAAUCGUAUUGAAUUUGCAAAUGAAAAAGAAAGCGAAGAUUUAUUAGAAAUGUUAGAAUGUCAUUUUGAUCCAGAAAAGAAACCAUUACAGCCAAAACCACGAGCUCCACGUUCAAAUCGUAAAACAUCCACUUCAAAAUCAACAAACAAAGAAAAUGAACAAACUACAAAAAAUACUGUUAAUGGUGAGGAUAAACAAGAAGAAACACCCGAAACACCCGAUACUACUAGCAAGGGUGAAUCAUCAUCUGAAACAACUGGUAAUGCUUACAGUGAUGUAGGCUCACCGAUCAGUAGUGAUAACACUCCACGAAGUCAAGGCGAAGAAACUGUUACUGCAAAAUAAUUGUUCUUCUGGAUAGAAGAAAGUGCCUUACUUACAUGCUUUUUUCUUUCCUCUUUCGAUCAUUUACAAUCAAAAAAAAUUGCAUUUUUCUUUUUUUUGAAUAAAAUGCAUUUAUAUUUAAUUUACUUGAUUCAUAGCAAAAGGUGCUAAUUAAUUUUUCGAUAUCUUUCGAGUAUGUGAUACUCUCUUUAGUCAGUUUUUUUUUUUUCGUUAAUUUUGUUGAACA